AUGAGUGAUGCUGAACAUCCCCUCGAACGUGACACCGAGGAGAACGAACCUAUCAACUUCGAAUGGACUCCUGAACUUGUGAAGAUUGGAACCUCUCGUGGCGAUAUACAUCCGUCCAUUGGUCAGCUCGAAUUCUACAAGGACUCUGCAAUAUGCAAGUACCGGCCCGGAAUGACUCUACCAGACCCUGCAGACACGCAGGAGUGUCUUAGGUGGGUUGGUCUAUCCGACAAGAAGAUAGCUGAGGUGGAACAAAAGUUCAACGCACUACAUCCAGAUUAUCAAGGGCCUAGCAGUGGAUAUGAUGAGAAAUUUAAGCAGUAUGCAUAUGCCGACAAUGAAAUUACAUUCCCCAAGAUUGAGGAAAUUAUGCAUAUUUUCAUUCGAGGAAUGCAUGAUGACCACGAUGAGUUUGAAUAUACCCACAAAGGCUACAUUGAGGUAUCCGGCUAG